CUUCCGGUAAAAGAUGUAAACAAUGUCAGAUUGAGAGCUCUCCAGUGAAAUCUGUAUUUUUGACCAUGUCAUCGUAACUGAUCUGAAACAUGCAAGGAUUGUGAAGGACACGUGACAUUUUCGACAGUCGUCAUUGAUAUGGGGCUGCAGUUGCCAUCAGCUGUAUUGCUUGUAUGCACACAGCAGAAAGUCUUGCAGCGUGUUCCUUUAGACCUGUAGAAUGGGUGUUGGGGGCUCAUUCCUUCGAGGUCAGGAUGAUGACGACAUACUUGGCACUGACCUUGAUGGUAAUGGGGUCAUUAAGAGAAUCCCCAUCGAGAUCAAGCCUCGCGGUAAACUCGGACCGCUCCGAAGCGUCACUUCAUUUGGGAAGAAAUCUAAAGGAGGAAGUCUACGUUCAGCUCUAUCCAUCGAUCUGGAAAACCCAGAAGUUGACAGAAUCAAGAAGGACUUUGAUAUGUACAAGCUCAACAAAGAUAAUGAAAUUAUGGCCAUGCAGAAGAAAGAACAAAAACUAGAAAUGGAAAACAAGCGAAUGAGAGCGGAACUUUUGGCGCUGCAGAACACGUGUACCAAACUCCGGAAUGAGAAGGAGAGCUGUCUGGAUGCAGAGAUGCAAGCGCUUGCAAGGGCUUCAGCUUUUGAAAGUGAUAGAGACAAAGUACAGCGGCAGUUUAAGAUAUUUCGAGAAACAAAGGAAAAUGAAAUUCAAAAUCUUCUUCGAGCUAAACGAGAGCUGGAGGGUCGAUUAACCAAGCUGUCCCAUGGUUUUACACCGGAAGAUCUUGACACAGCGUCCAGAUCCGAAGAAACAUCCAUAGGUAACUCAAACCCUGGAGACUGGUGGACAGCUCUGGAGAGUGAACCCUCCCUGGGUAGCACGGUGCAACUUCAUCAACCAGCCUUCCUCCGUGGUCCGGAGUUUGCAAACAACAUCAUGGAGCUGGAAGGACCCUUCACAAACGUUAAUAAAGAUGACUGGAGCACUGCCCUCGCCAACCUGACCCAGGUGAUCCCCACCAUCCCCGACCACAGCAUCAGCAGCGUGUGCCGCCUCUACAUCUCCGCACCCAGCAACAUGCACGCUGAAGUCGAGCUCCUGGCAAAGGAGUACGCCCCCAGUUUGAACAGUCUGUGUGAGAGUGAAGGGAGAGGUCUCGUCAUCGUCCAUCUGCCAUAUGAUGACAGUGAAAACUUGCACCACUCAUGGUCGAGAGACAGAUCAAAACUGAGGAAGAAACAGAUUGAGCUUGCUUCUGUAUUUCUUGUGUUGCUAGGAGACACUACAAAUAGGUUUACAAGUUUUGAGGUGAAACAUGGUCAUCUGGAGAGUACCGAGAUCCGUCCGACUGUCUACUGCUUUAGGGAAACGGGUAACAAGAGGACUAGUCAGGGUGAAGCUAAAGAAAUAAAGACCAAGGUCAAAGAAAGUCGCAAUGUCAAGGUCAUCUCAGGGUACUCAUCGCCAAAUAAGGGAGCAGAAAUGGUUUACACGGAACUUGUCAAGAUCUUCAAGAUGGAGCUAGGAGUAAGUCUGCGUGAGAAGACAGAAGCAGAGGAACUGACAACCGACGCCCCUGAGCUGUUCGAGGGCGUGGUGUGGGACGUCCACUAUGACUAUGAGCAGAUGGAGGCUCUCAGCUAUGCGGUUUACUCCAGUUGUGAACUGGGUUUUGAAAGGUACUACGAGAGGCUAAAUGCCCACGUGUCUGCAGCCGGACCUCUACCCCCCUUACUGGUGACCGGGGGCUCAGGGUCGGGACGGUCACUCCUCCUCUCAAAGUGGAUUCAGCUGCAGCAAGAGAAAUGUCCGGGCACCCUGGUGCUGUUCCACUUUGUGGGCUCCCCAUCCUCCAUCAGCGCAGACCCCAUCAUCAUGAUCCGGAGACUCACCUCACAGCUGAUGCAGCAUGUGACCACACCCCCAGCCCUGACCGGUGACCCAGUGCGUCUGGUGGAGGAGUUCCCCCGCUGGCUGGAGAAAGUAUCUGCCAAGUCCCCAGGUGGCACCAUCCUCAUCUUGGACUCUGUCGACAGGUUCCCGCAAGUAGAUGUUCACUUGAAGUGGCUGCUGGACCCGCUGCCAGUGGAUGCCCGGGUAAUCGUGUCAUGUCAUGAGGACACAUGUCUUCAGACCUGGAGAUCGUGGCCAACACUUUGUGUAGAACCAUUAACCAACAAGAAUGUGAAGGAACUGAUACGAGCGGAGGUGGCCACUCUCGAUGCCUUCGUAAGCCCUGAGUUUGAAUCCAAGAUACUGACACAUUGCCGGACACCGUCCACCUGCUGUCCACUGUAUGUCAUGGUGCUGGCCAGACACAUUGCCAGUUUCUGCCAGCAUGAAGACAAGCUGCGGGUCAGCCUGGACAACUUGCUGACCACAGUGGACUGUGAGGACCUGUACCUUGUGAUCAUUGACAUCCUGAGGGGGGAGUAUGAAACUGAUGACACCAGGGGCUACAUCAGACAGAUCCUGUGCUACAUGUGUGCCAGUCGGUGCGGCAUGAGGGAGGAGGAGCUGUUUCGGCUGAUCCCCAGUUUGACAUGGAAUCUGCUGGCACAGUUCUACGAGGCCUUCUCAUCACACCUGAUCAUCAAGUACCACUCAGGACUCCUCACAUUUGCCCAUGAACAGGUCAGGCAAGCAGUUUUUGACUACUGCUUUGGUAAGGAUGAUGUUGAAGUCAGUUUUGAGGCCACUCGGCAGGAAUUGGUGGAGUAUUUCUCUAACUUUCUACAUCUGGGGAAGGUGACCUGUCGUGUUUGUGAUGAGAUGCCCUGGCUCAUCAAGCUUACAGGAGACAAGGAGAUGCUGAAGUCCUGCAUCCUCAACCUGUCUGUGUUCCAGAGACUCUAUGCAAAAGGUCGUUGUUCGGAGCUCAUCAGCUACUGGCAAAUUGUAGGGGGAGAUAAGAACUCGAUGCCUGAUGCCUACUUCACUGCCACUAAAAAAUUAGAAGAAACUUCAGGUCACUUUGACGGCCUCCUGACCCCAGCACGGAUUGCAGACAUGUACGAGACACUGGGGAGAUUCCUUAAGGAUAUGGGACUGCUCAAGCAGGCUCUGCCCGCACUGCAGCGAGCUCUGGAGGUGCGAGAAACUGCCCUUGACCCUGACCAUCCAGUGGUGGCAAGGUCACUACAUCAGCUGGCAGGCCUCCACGCUCAGUGGGGCAAGUUCAGCACAGCCCAGGCCUACUACCAACAGGCUCUGGAGAUCUAUGAGAAUGCUUACGGGAGAGAUCACUACCUCCUGGCAAAGGAACUGGAUGCUUUAGCUCUACUGUAUCAAAAACAAGAAAAACAUGAGCAAGCAGAACCUUUGAAGAAGCGAGCAAUGUCCAUCAAGAAGAAAGCCAGAACACCAAGAGUCAAUUCAGGUCAGAUACGAGGCAUCGACCUGCUCCGUAGAAGGACUCUUCAUCUGGAGGAGCUGGCCAUGGGAUCUGACUCCCCUGAACAGGCUCGUACACUCAACGAACUCGGGGUCUUGUACUACCUGCAGAGCAACUUCGAUACUGCUGAAACAUUCUUCAAGAAGUCGUUGGAGAUGAGAGAAGCGACGCUGGGUCCGGAUCACGCUGACCUGGCCCAGUCUCUCAACAACCUGGCAGCAUUCUACAAUGACAGGAAACAGUUUGAUAAGGCCGAGCCUCUGUAUGAGAGGGCGCUGCAGAUCAGACUGAAGUAUCUGAGUGGAGACAGCCCAGCCUGUGCUGGUAUCAUCAAGAAUCUUGCCAUGCUGUAUAAGAAACAGGGCAAGUAUGAGAAGGCAGAGCCACUGUACAAGCAGGCUGUGGACAUCAGGGAGAAGUCUUUUGGUCCACAUCACCCAUCUGUGGCAACUGCGCUGGUUAACCUUGCUGUCCUGUACUCUCAACAGAACAAGUUCAGUGAGGCUGAGCCUCUGUAUGAAAGAGCACUGAAAAUCUAUGAGGAGAGCUUUGGACCAAGUCAUCCUACCGUUGCAGAAACCUUGCGCAAUCUUGCUGUCAUGAAGUAUGAAAUGAAAGACUUUGAGACAGCAGCAAAGCUGUACAAGAAGGCAACUGAGAUGAAGGAGAGAGAUGAAGGAGAGUGA